GAAAGGAUAUAGACGCGCAUGCGCAGUGGUGCCCGGAGGACGGGGGGAGGGAGGGAUGCGGACGGGGCUAAAAUGGCGGCCUCGUCGAACAACCCGCGGAAAUUCAGCGAGAAAAUUGCGCUCCACAACCAGAAGCAGGCCGAGGAGACGGCGGCCUUCGAGGAGGUUAUGAAGGACCUCAGCCUAACCAGGGCCCACCGGUUACAGCUACAGAAAAACCAGUAUUUGCAGUUGGGGCAGAGCCGGGGCCAGUACUAUGGCGGAUCCCUGCCAAACGUCAAUCAGAUUGGGAGCAGCGCGAUGGACUUGCCCUUUCAGACUCCGUUCCAGUCCUCAGGGUUGGACACCAGUCGGACCACACGGCAUCAUGGGCUGGUGGACCGGGUCUACCGUGACCGGAACCGCCUGGGCUCCCCGCACCGACGCCCACUCUCCGUGGACAAGCAUGGCAGGCAGGUGGACAGCUGUCCCUACAGCACGGUCUACUUGUCCCCUCCUUCAGAUACCAGCUGGAGAAGGACCAAUUCGGAUUCUGCCCUGCACCAGAGUACAAUGACUCCUGCUCAGGCAGAGCCCUUCUCGGUCGGUUCGCAAGACAUGCAGCAAAAAAGAGUCCUGUUACUGAGUGUCCCAGGCAUGGAGGAAGAGGCCUCGGAGACAGACAAGAACCUUUCGAAGCAAGGAUGGGAGGCAAAAAAGACGGGAUCCUCCAGGCCAAAGUCCUGUGAAGUUCCAGGAAUCAAUAUCUUUCCGUCCGCUGACCAGGAGAACACUACCACGCUGAUCCCCGCCGCUCACAACACGGGCGGUUCCCUGCCGGACCUGACAAACAUCCACUUCCCUUCGCCCCUCCCGACGCCGCUGGACCCCGAAGAGGCCACCUUCCCCUCCCUGAGCAGCUCCAACAGCACUGGCAACCUGGCCGCCAACCUGACGCACAUGGGCCUCAACACGGCCAACCAGGCAGGAAUGACAACGACACAGGCCUCUUCCCAACAGUCUGCUGUCAGCCCGCUUUCGCUGAACACGGAUGGCAGGAGGACCCAGACCCAGCAGGUCUCUCCGUCCCUGUCACCGCUGUCACCCAUCACUCAGGCCGUGGCAAUGGACGCGCUCUCCCUCGAACAGCAGCUCCCGCCCUACCCAUUCUUCACCCAGACCAGCCCCCAGCCGCCCCAGCAGCAGACCCAGGUGGCCAAUGCCUUGCCGGCCAAUGCAGCCUUGAUGCAGACCUCCGGCUUGCAGCGGGGCGUCCAGCUGCCCCCACUCUCGGUCAGCGUCCCCUCUACCAUCCCCCAGUCGCCGCCUGGCAGCCAGAGCCAGACCUCCAUGGGCAUAGACAUCAGUUCGGGCUCACUCCAGCAGUACCGCAGCAAUGCUGGCUCCCCAGCCAACCAGUCUCCCACUUCUCCUGUCUCCAAUCAAGCUUUCUCUCCUGGAAGCUCCCCUCAACAAACGUCCAUCUUGGGGAGUGUCUUCGGAGACUCCUGUUACGAUCAGCAGAUGACGGCCAGGCAGGCGAAUGCCUUGUCCCACCAGGAUUCCUUCCUCCAGCUCGAGCAGUUCAAUAUGAUUGAGAACGCCAUCAGCUCCAACAGCCUCUACAGCCCCUGCUCCACCCUCAACUACUCCCAGGCCACCAUGAUGGGGCUCACCGGCAGCCAUGGCAGCCUCCAGGACGCCCCGCCGCUGAGUUACACCAGCCAUGGCAACAUCCCCAAUAUCAUCCUCACAGUGACGGGGGAGUCGCCCCCCAGCCUCUCAAAGGACCUGACCAGCUCCCUAGCUGGGGUCGGUGACGUCAGCUUCGACUCAGAUUCCCAGUUCCCUCUGGAUGAACUCAAAAUCGACCCUUUGACCCUGGACGGGCUGCACAUGCUCAAUGACCCGGACAUGGUCCUGGCCGACCCGGCCACAGAGGAUACGUUCCGGAUGGACCGUCUGUAGCGGGCAGAGGACUGGUGGGCAGGAAGACCGGGGAGGGUGGGGGGGGGGAGGAAGAAGGAUGUGACAGCGUGGGAUGGGGAGAGAGAGUGAAAAAGAGGUCUCCAAGCCCCCUUCGAAUGCCUCCGAGGGGCCACCUGGCCUUGGGAAGCUGCCCGGAGCCUCCCCGCCGCACCCCGUUUCCACAGUGCUUGCCCGACACCUGCCAAACGCCCCUUUCCCCACGCCCUGUUUGAGCCCUUGCGCAGGCUUUGGCUGUCGAGAGAAGCUACUCCCCAAACACCCUCCUGCCCUCCCUGCUUUGUCACCAAAGCUUCUAGCGUUUGGUCCUGUUUUGCGGGGUUUCGGUUGUGUUGUUUUUUUUGUUUGUUUUUAGCCUUUGCACUAAAAUGUUUGCGGUAGCAAGAAAAGUCAAGCCGCCUCCCCCCACUUUCGACACAAGUCGGAGAUAAAUGUUUGUUUGUUCGUUUUAAAAGAGAUAUCUUUGUGAAGCUACCGAGCCGUUGGGUUCUGUUACAGAAACGGGACGCCUUUUUGUUUGGGGGCCGCUGCGUUUCCUAAAGAAAAGUACGGUGAAACCGAAGGGGCCGGGAUACAGAUAAACCCUUUUCCUUAUUUCCCCUCCCCAAACUCUUUCCUUAACGAAUGGCUACCAUUCUGCCUCCGGCUUACAGGAAGCAAUGUCGUUUUGCUUGGCACAACAUAGGGUUGGUACGCCCUCCUUGCGAAUCCCGCCAUAUUUCUUGCCUCAAAGGAACCCCCAGCGGCAUUCGUCUCCUCCUGCGGAAAGGACUCUUUCGAAACACGCCGCUGCCUUGCUUUGCUUGGAGAAGAUAGUGUACAAAAUUCGUGUUUGUUUUGUUAAUUAUUUAAGCUCUUUCUCGCGCAUGGCGUAUCGGGUUGCUGUCGGGGCAGGGAGCGAAAUUAGUCGGGGAUGUGUUUCAAGUUAAUACGAGACUUUGUGGAUAGUCAUUCCUCCCUCAGAAAGACACUAUGCCCUUUGGAUUUGACAACUCUCUGCUGUUGUUGUUCCUUUGGUUCAGCUAAGCGCGGUCCUCUCAUAUAGGAAACCUUACGCUUGCGCCUUGCUUUGGCACAGAGAAUUCAUCUCUGCACGAUCGCCGUGUACGAUAAAGCGCCCGUUUUCCCUUGUUUACUUGCAGAUACUGUUCUUUGAGUCCUGUGUUUGCGGUUCUUGUCGAUGGAAAGAUAACAAGGGAAGGUACCGUUUUCUUAGAAAUUCUAUCCUAGAGCCACUGAGGAAAGGCUGUUUUCACACCAGAUGUAAAUUGGGACAGUAGUGAGGUUAUGUUUUCCCACCGGAUGUAAAUUGGGACAGUAGUGAGGUUAUAGAGAAGAUCCCCGACAACUUUGAAACCCUGAACAGGCCCAAUGAGGAGUCGUAUUUGCAUUUAGGGGGCGUGCGGAUGUGUUACGAAUCCCUUUCCAAGCGCAUGUUGUUGGCAGUGGCGGACUGAGCCUUAAAAAUAUCGCUUGCUGGGAGACAAAAGUGUGUUUAUAAGAAAUACAUACAAAAGUGACAAAUAAGUACCAUUAGAAUUGUUAUUGAAAUAGUAACAUGGUGUAGGUUUUAGUCUCAUUUGUUAAUAGCAUUCGAAAUUCUGUUAUAUUUUCCCAGACAUUUUGAGCAUUGACACUUUUAACAUAUUAGCACAGAUACCCAUCAGAGGAGCUGCUGCUUCCUUGCUUUCAUCCUUUCUUUCUCUUCCAUCAUACCUUUUCCCCUUUUCUAUCCUUCGUUUUUCUUUCUCCACCUCUCUUCUUUCUUUCUCCCUUCAUUUUUUCCCUUCUUCCUUCCUUCCUUUCAUUCCUUUCCUCUCCUCUCCUCAUACCUUUACCCCUUUCUUUUCUCUUUCUCUCUCCUCUUUCAUUUCUUUCUUACACCUCUUUCCCUUCUUCUUUCUUUUCUUUCCCAUAUUUUCUCUUUCCUGUUUUCCUUCCACUUCUCUUUCUCCCUUCUCACAAUGUCUCUGUGGUUGUUGUUGUGUAUUCUUCCUCUCUUCCUCCUUUUCUUUUCCCAGUGACAUCACAGAUGGCCACUUCACCUAGCAACUGCUUUUGUGGUACCAACAGACAAACAUACUUUAUCUUUUAUAAUUAUAUAGCUCGUCCAGUGUUUCAGUCGCGCAAGCUGACACCUUUGAGGCCAGUCCGCCGCUGCAUGUUUGUUCCGUCACAUCAGUGCCAUCCUCGGUUUAUCAUAUAUGUAUAUAGAUAUAUAUAUUUUGCACUAAAGAAAAAAAUGGGUGAGGAUUGUUUAUGUUUUUAAAGUCUUGUCCGGUUCGAUGUGCAUUUUUUGUGUGACACUUUGGCUGCCCUCUUCCCGUCGCGUUCAUGCACUCCUGUUUCCCAUCUUGCCACUGCUUCUCUUUUGCCUGACGGUCCAGAAAUUUCAAGAUGCCUCUCUGUUACAACGAACCAACUAAGAUUGGUAAGAAAAAGGUCCAAGGUGCAAAUCUCUUGCACCGUCCUAUUAAGGACGGCCCCUUCCUUCCCUUUCUCUCUCAUAAAAACACAUCUACGAAGCUAACCUUUGACUGCCUUCGUUUCAUAUCUUCUCUAACUUAUUAUAGGCUGGAAUUUCAUAGAAGAGUGCCAUCUGUUUUGGGGUAAGAAAAGCAGUGGAUCCGAUCAGCUGACCCCCCAUUCAUUUUAGUAAUACAAAUAAUAAUAAUUGUGUCCUAAUGCAGAUGGUGAAGUCAUUGAGUUGGAAGAGGCCUCCAACGUCUUCCAGUCUGAUAAGGAGAUAAUAUCCGAUCCUUCCCAACAGAGAGCCAUCUCGCCUGUGCUUCAAAAAACUCCAGAGAUAGAGACUCCCAUCACACAUAUUCCUCUCUUGCCCUCAGGAAGAUCUUCCUAAUGUUGAGAUAAAAUCUCUUUGUCAUGGAGGUAGAGAGUAAAUAAUAAUAAUAAUAAUAAUAAUAAUACUUUAUUUUUAACAGCAAAAUUGCAACCCAUCCAUCCCACCAACUGUAGGAAGAAAAUGGCCUCAUUUAUAAUAGGUGGCCAUUGGAAGAGUUAAACACAAAGAGUUAAAUCCAGAAACAGGAACCAAGGCUUCUUGGGUAUUUCGAGGCCCAAGUCUAGAAAAUGUUCCUCAGAAGUAGGGUGCCAUUAUAUGAGAUGUUCCCCGUGGCUUUCCAGGCCCUGAAACAACAUCGUCAACUUCAAAUGAUGGGAGAAGGGAGCUAAUGCAAGCCGUUUUGCAAUCCACGGCUCCACUGAGCCUACUGUAUGUUUUCAUGUAAACUCCUUUGGAGUUUAUUCUUCAGUCGUUGCUACAUAUAACUAUGUACAUGUCUGCAUAAGUAUGCAUAGAUGCUCACAACCAUAGCAAGACACUCAUAUGACAAGGAUGGCAAUGGAUUACAGAUACAGGAAGUCAAAUAAUAUAAUAUACUUUAUUUAUAUUCUGUCCUAUCUCCCUGAGGGGAGUCGGGGUGGAUUACAGUACACAGAUAUAGCAAACAUUCAAUGCCGUUAUACAAUUAACAAGGACAGACCGUACAUAAACAGAGGUAAAGGCUUCCCAUCUUCUUCCAUCUCUGGCAUCUGGAGUCUGUGCUCGACUCCGGCCAUGGGGGGUGCUGUUGCUCCAUUUUCCAUUCUGAGGAACUUUGUUGUCAUUAGACACUGCCCCGAUUGAAUCGCCGGCAUGUACACAUCAGUUCCUUUUUUUACCUCCCUACCAAAGCGGUAUCUAUUUAUCUACUCACAUUGCUGUUUUCGAACUGCUACUCCAAUUUUUCCCUCCAGGGAUUAUAGGAAACGACUACUGUCCCUCUAGGAUUACAUCUCCACUUGCUUUAACCCUUCAGUGGAAUGUGCUGUGAACACAUGUGCAUUAGAACUGUAUUUUUUCAUACACCGGAAGCACAUGCAAUGUAUUCCUAUCUUAACAGCAUUUUUCCACCUGACAUAUCUUUCCCUGCCAUUUGAAUCCAUGGCUCCGAAUCUCUAGGAGACUACAAGCUUGCCCUCUUCCUCAAUGUGAGCUUCUUUCUGAUAUUUAAACACAUUUCUUGUGCAUGUUCUCCUCUUAACCUUAUCUUCUCCAAACUCAAGAUCCCUUAUCUCAAUAAUAAUAAUAAUAAUAAUAAUAAUAAUCUUUAUUUAUAUCUUCCUGAGGGGACUCAGAGCAGAUUACAGAAUACAUUUAUGGCAAACGUUCAGUGCCAUUAUACAAUUUACAAACAAAGACGGACAGCACAUAGACAGAGGCAAGGCUUCCCUCUUUUCAUUUCCAGCAUCUGAAGGCUGUGCUCGACUUGGUCAUGGGUAGGUGCUGUUGUUCCAUUUUUGCAUGCUGAGGAGCCUGUUGUUCUUUCUGAUCAAAUUGUCAGUAUGUCUUCAGGGGUGCCUUUUACCUCCCCGCAAAGCACUAAAUAUUUAUCUACUUGCAUUACUGUUUUCAAACGGCUAGGUAAGCAGCAAGCUAGGGCUGAUUGCGGGAGCUCACCCCACCCGCAGCUUGAACUGCCAACCUUCCGCUCAGCAAGAUUUUAUGUAGUUGGCGGUUUUUAACCUGCUGUGCUCACCGCUGUUCCUAAAGAUUGGAUUCCAGACCUGGAAUCAUUUGGGGCUGUCCUAUCUUAAGACUCCUGCUGUGUUCUGUUUUGUCUAGCAGAGACUGGCAGAAUGAGUUUAGAUCCUUGUCUCAACUCCUCCAAUUCCCCAACUCCCUUCUGUCUCAGUCUUUCUUUUUAAAACUUCAUUGUUAUAAAAUUAACAUUUAUAAAAUUUCGUUCUCUUCAGUACAAAGGAUUAUUCCAAGUGAGGUCUGAACCGGAGCUUAAUUGGGAUGACAACUCGAUUUUAAGAUACCAGACUCCUAGGGAUGCAGCUUAGCAUUGCAUUGGCUUUUUCAUAAUAAUAAUAUUAUACUAUAUUUAUAUUCUGCUCUGUCUCCCUGAGGGGACUCAGGCAGAUUACAGAACACAUAUACAGCAAUCAUUCAAUGUGUUGUACAAUUAACAAUGAUAGACAAUACAUAAACAAAGGGCUUUUUCCAUCUCUUCCAUUUCCGACAUCUGGAGACUGCUCGAUUCUGGCCACGGGCGGGUGCUGGCGCUCCAUCUUCCAUGCCGAGGAGCUUUGUCAUCCUUAGAUGUCCUUCCAGUCAAAUUGUCAGCAUGUCCUUAUGGGCACCUUUUAUUACCUCCCCGCUUAAAGCAGUACCUAUUUAUCUACUCACAUUUCUUUUUUCGAUCUGCUAGGUGGGCAGGGAUUUAGGGCUGAUAGCGAGUGCUCACCCCAACCCGGGGUUCAACUGACAACUUUUUGAUGGGCAGGCUUUUUUGCAGCUUAGCGGUUUAACCCGUUGUGCUAAGCCCAACCCCUGCAUCACACUGUUUUCCGCUGAUGCAGCUCACUGUUGGGCUCACAUUCGACUGGGAAGUUGUUCUUUUGCAUAAUGGCAAAAUACAUUCCUCGGACUUUGCGUGAAUACGGGAAACUCCAGAUAUAGAAUAUUCGUGAAGUGAAACGUUUUGGGAUAUCCUUCCUUCUCUGUUUUGUUGGGGUUUUUUUGGGGGGGGGAGGGGAAUCAGAGGCUGGAUGGCCAUCUGUUGGGAGGGAUCAGGUGGUGUCAUUGCAAAUUGGGGUUAGACUGCGUUGCCUUUGGGGUCCCUUCUCACAUUAGCAUUGCUGUAUUUCGGGACCGUCCUGAAGAUAGAAGAUAGACGCUUGCUUUCGGGUCCCUUGUGUUCAGGAAACACAAACUAAAAUUUUGUCACUGUGAGAAGGAACAACCAGAUGUAUAUCUCCAUGUAUUCUUUUUUAAAAUGAAACAUUUCUCGGUUGUUUUUGUUUUGUAAUAAUAAUAUACUUCAAUAAUAUACUUUAUUUAUAUUCCACCCUAUCUCACCGAGGGGACUCAGGGCAGAUUACAGAACACAUGUACAGCAAACAUUCAGUGGCAUUAUACAGUUAACAAGGACUGACAAUACAUAAACAAAGAUAGGCUUUCCCAUCUUUAACUUCUCCGAAAUCUGGAGGCUGUGCUCAACUCCGGCGACGGGGUGGUGCUGUUGCUCCAUCUUCCAUGCGGAGGAACUUUGUUGUCCAUAGACGUCCUCCUGAUCGAAUCACCGGCAUGUUCUUAUGGGCACUUUUUAUUACCUCCCCACUAAAAGCGGAACCGAUUUAUCUAGUCACUGUUUUCAAUCUGCUAGGUGGGCAGAAACUGGGCUGACAGGGAGCUCACCCCAAUCCGGGCUUGAACUGCCAGCCUUUUGAUUGGCAAGAUUUUCUACAGCUGGCAGUUUAACCCACUGUGCUAAAGCCCGGCCCUGUUAAAUAUUUUCUCUCUCCUUUUUGAGUUGUAUACUUUUGCGGCAUUUCCACACACUGUGACAAACGAUGUACAAUAUCAACCCUUUCUUUUUCCUCCUCCCCAUUUCUUCCUCAUUCUCUCUUACUUUGUGAAACUUUUCAUCAGUUUUCUUUUUGGCGGGGAUUAAUCGGCGCGGACGGUUUGGGGCAUGCCGCCAACACUACUUUUAAGGAACUUUUGAACUGUUAUGUGCUUUGAGACUUUAUUUCGAUCCCCUUUCUUUUCUGGAGAGGGCGCGUUUGUGUAUGUAUGUAUGUACGUACGUAUGUAUGUAUGUUUUAUCAAUAAACGACUCAAGUAAUUCCCUGCGGAAGGCCUGCGGAAGAUGACUUAUGCCUCGCUCCUGCUUCAGUCAAAACCCCUUGUAUUCUUAUUUUUAAAAAGUGGAAAAAAUAAGACAAAAAAGUGAUUCAAUAUGUAAUAGCUGUCCGUUAUCUAGCAUGUGCAUUCCUUGAGCUCGCAGGCUGCUGCUAAUCGAUUUCAAGGGGGCAAUAUCUCCCAAUUUUAAAAAGAAAAGGGGAUAGAAAGCAGUACCAUAUAUAUAUAUAUAUAUAUAUGUUUUGGCCUGGUUUUCCUUCUCCCCUUUUGUAUAAAAAAUGUUCAGUUUUCCCAA